UUAGCGACGCUGGCAGUUGCAGUGGAGCCGCUGCAGUUUGCCCAAGCCAUGCCGGCGGCGCGCGUGGAGUACAUCGCGCCCUGGUGGGUCGUAUGGCUGCACAGCGUCCCGCACCUCGGCCUGCGCCUGCAGCGGGUGGACAGCACCUUUAGCCCCGGCGACGAGACAUACCAGGAGUCGCUGCUCUUCCUGGGGGUGCUGGCUGCCAUUGGCCUGGGCCUGAACCUCAUCUUCCUCGCCGUUUACCUGGUGUGCGCAUGCUGCUGCCGGCGGGACCACUCGGCGCAGAGCAAGCAGCCCAACUCCUUCUGCGUCACCUGGACGGCGGUGGUCGCUGGACUCAUCUGCUGUGCUGCGGUGGGUGUUGGUUUCUAUGGAAACAGCGAGACAAACGACGGGGUGCACCAGCUGAUCUACUCCCUGGACAACGCGAACCACACCUUCUCUGGAAUUGACGAGCUGGUAUCUGGAAACACCCAGAAGAUGAAGAUGGAGCUGGAACAGCACCUGGCCCGGCUCAGCGAGAUCUUUGCUGCUCGGGGUGACUACAUCCAGACCCUGAGGUUCAUGCAGCAGAUGGCAGGCAACGUCGUCAGCCAGCUCUCGGGGCUGCCCGUGUGGAGGGAGGUCACCGUGCAGCUGACCGAGCUGUCCCACCAGACUGCCUACGUAGAAUACUACAGGUGGCUUUCCUACCUCCUGCUUUUCAUCCUGGACCUGGUCAUCUGCCUUGUCACCUGCCUGGGACUGGCCAGGCGCUCCAGGUGUCUCCUAGCCUCCAUGCUGUUCUGUGGAGUGCUGACCCUGAUCCUCAGCUGGGCUUCCCUGGCUGCUGAUACCGCCGCAGCGGUGGGCACCAGUGACUUCUGUAUGGCUCCUGACAUCUACAUUCUGAACAACACACAGAACCAGGUCAGCUCAGAGGUGACCCGCUACUACCUGUAUUGCAGUCAGAGCCUAAGCAGCCCCUUCCAGCAGUCACUGACCGUCUUCCAGCGCUCACUGACCACCAUGCAGAUCCAGGUGGUAGGUCUGCUGCAGUUUGCUGUGCCCCUCUUCCCUACAGCAGAGAAAGACCUCCUUGGCAUCCAGCUUCUGCUAAACUCCUCUGAGACCAGCCUGCACCACCUGACUGCCAUGUUGGAUUGCCGAGGGCUGCACAAGGACUACCUGGACGCCCUCACUGGCAUCUGCUAUGACGGCAUUGAGGGCCUGCUCUUCCUCGGUCUCUUCUCUCUCCUGGCUGCCCUGGCUUUCUCCAUCCUGACCUGUGCAGGGCCUCGGGCCUGGAAACACUUCAUCAACAGGGACAGAGACUAUGAUGACAUUGAUGAGGAUGACCCUUUCAACCCCCAAGCUCGGCGCAUCGCAGCCCACAACCCGACGAGGGGGCAACUGCACAGUUUCUGCAGCUACAGCAGCGGCCUCGGCAGCCAGUGCAGCCUUCAGCCUCCUGCCCAGACCAUCUCCAAUGCCCCUGUCUCCGAGUACAUGAAUCAGGCCAUCCUCUUUGGUGGGAACCCACGAUACGAAAACGUGCCACUCAUCGGGAGAGGUUCCCCUCCACCCACAUAUUCUCCCAGCAUGAGGGCCACCUACAUGUCCGUGGCAGAUGAGCACCUGAGACACUACGAGUUCCCAUCCUAGGUACCUGCCUCCUCCUUCCAGCUUGGUUUUCAGCAGAUGCAGAACCCAGCUGAGUUUCUGCAAUAGAAGCCGAAAGUUCCUGGACCCGAGCAGGCUCCCGUGGCUGCAGAGACACAGCUGGGACUCCUGACCAAAGUCCUCAGGUGGAUACCAGGCCCGUGACUAGACCAGCCUCUCCUGCCUUAACUCCCUAGGACUCAGCUGCUUUUCUCGACCCGGCUGCCUGGUUCAGCCCACCCACCCUGGGCAGAUGAGAAGUGGCGGUGAGAAAGGGACCACACCCUAAGAGCCCUGUUCUCUCUAGGUCUUGCCACUGGACCCCUGCCUCUUGUGAGGAGUGGCCCUAUGCCCAGGCCACACCUUCCAGUUACUCUGUCUUUGGUUCCUAGGCAGGUGACAGUUGGAGGUAUAUUAGGAGAACACUUGGUCCAGGAUUCGCAUUCUGGGACCACACAGACUCUGCCUAGACCUCAGAAGGGUAGCAUCAAGAGAACUCCCAAGAGGAGAUUGGUGGCUUCAGCCUGGGCACUCAGCCUGGCAGCCUUGGGCAGAAGCAUGAGGGUAAAGCCUGCCACAUUCUGGAGCCAGGUCUCAGCUGCUGGUGGGGACCGUCUCAGGUAUGAAAAGACACUUCAAAAGCAACUGAACUCUCAUCCCCAGUGGCUGAAAACAUUCUGAUGAUCCAAAGACUCACACCUCCCUCAAGGACACAUCAGGUUUUGUGGUAAAUUCAGGCUCAGGUCUUCCUCCUGAUCCUACUGUGGCUCUCACACAAGCCAUCCUGCAGUCUGGAGGAGAGGCUGAGAAGAGGUUGUGGGGUUUGGGGGUUUUGUUGCAGUCUCAUUAUAUAGCCAUGACUGACCUAGAACUCACAGAGUACGGAGUCUAAAGGCAUGUGCUGCCACACCAGGCCAGGAGUGGAUUUGUUUUGGUUUUUGUUUUUAGAGUCUUGGGGACAGGGUUUCUCUGUGUAGCCCUGGCUGUCCUGGAAUUCAUUCUGUAGAUCAGACUGACCUUGAAUUCAGACAUCCAUCUGCCUCCACCUUGAGAAUGCUUUGGAUCAAAGGCGUACACCAUGAUACCCUGUCCAUUUUUUUUAUAUAUAUAAAAUAAAAGAUUGGUGAGACAUUCUGUCCCAGAUGGCUGGAGAAGGAUAUCUGGGGCCUUGUAAAGGGAGAGACAUGAAAACUAAGAAGUUCUGAGGGCCUUUCUCGAUUCUGAGGAGCAGCCAUUUUGUAGCCAGGAGAAAAUAACGACCCCUGUCCUGCCUGCUGAGGGACCAGGUGCUUAGGAUCUUUGGUGCUUCCAGCCUCCUGCCAACCCUGUGUACACUACACCCUGAAGCCCCAUGGCCUUGUACGGCUAAGCAGGGCCUGGGUGAUGGUGUGGGACAGGGCUGUUUCCAUUUCAGAAGAGCCACACUGCCAUCACACCGGCAGCUCCCAGCCGAGCCACGGGGUGGCGGUGUCACUGUGUCUCAUGUUAACCUGUGUAUCCUGUGAGCCACCUUUACAUGUCUGUGUCCUGUGCAGACUUGGAGCUGCGGCCUUGGCCUCAGACAUCGCUUCUAAUGUUUCCUCUGCAGCAACCGAAGGACUUUUUAAUGCAUGUACAUUAAACUAAACCCCCCCCCCCAGGUUCUGCAGGAGCCAAGUGGGCUUCUGCUUGACACACGCUCGCCCUCACCUGAGCCAAGAAAUAAACCAUUUCUCAAGAUGUGCA